UACGCAUUUGAAUGAAACAUGGCCGCCACUGCAGCUGGGUGUGAGCAUUAUGUUCGCAACUGUUUAUUAAAAGCGCCGUGCUGUGGGAAGUUUUAUGUAUGCAGACUCUGUCAUGAUGGUGAAGAAAAUCAUCAAAUGGACCGAUUUAAGGUCCGAGAUGUCAAAUGUGCGGCGUGCCAUACUAUUCAAGAGGCUCAGCAGACAUGUAAGGAGUGCGGUGUGAAGUUUGGGGAGUAUUACUGUGACAUUUGUCAUCUCUUUGACAAAGACAAGAAGCAAUACCACUGCCAGCCUUGUGGAAUAUGCAGAAUUGGUCCAAGAGAGAAAUACUUCCAUUGUACAAAGUGUAAUUUAUGUUUAGCCACCGAUCUUAAAGAUAAUCACAAGUGUGUUGAGGAUGUGUCGAGGCAAAACUGCCCGGUAUGUAUGGAUGACAUCCACACAUCUAGAAUAGGAGCUCAUGUUCUUCCAUGUGGACAUCUUUUACACAAAACAUGCUUUGAAGACAUGUGGAAAACUGGUGCUUAUCGUUGUCCACUGUGUAUGCAGUCAGCAUUAGACAUGAAGAUGUUUUGGGAAGAGAGAGAUAAAGAGAUCGCCCAGUCACCCAUGCCUACAGAGUACCAGGAUGCUACAGUGAAGAUAAUAUGCAAUGACUGUCAGGCUCAUUGUAUCGUCUCUUUCCACGUGUUGGGAAUGAAAUGCAGUAACUGUGGAUCUUAUAACACGGCACAGGACGGCGGGCUGAUCAUACAGACAAGUGCAGGACUGCCUGCAGAACAGCCAAAUGACAAUGAACCCGAAACAGAGGCACUCGACUGAUGCUUAAAUUAAGAAACGAGCCAAACAUUGACAUGUACACUAUAAUCUUUCCAUUUUUUUCUGCUUCAUUAAAGGUGUUGGAAUUGAAUGUUAAUCUUUCCCCGAUCCGACUACAGUCAGCUGUCUAAUAAUUUCCCAUAAAAUGCGAUCAAAGUGCUCAUUUGGAAGCUCAUGGCAUCAUGUUGGAUGAUAACUUUUUUUUUCAAAUCACAAAAUCUGAUUGUUCACAACCAUGGAAAAAAUUAAAUAACACUUCAUUGUUAAAUGA